CACUGUGGGAUAGCGGUGGGCGACUCGGUGAUUGGAAGCGCUGCGUUCUCGGAGUAACACUCCGUAAACAAGUUUGUUUUGUUUUGAAACAAAAAAAAAAAAAAAAAAGACAGAGUGUGGAAUGCGAGAAAACGAAAUGGAUUCCCAGUCUGGGAAUGCAGCUGACAGCACGGCCCGAGAAAUAAUGGAAACUCUUUGUCAGGAGCUGAAUAUGGACGAAGACACGGCGGACGAAGCCAUGCAGAAUUUCACAGCGAUCUGGAACACGUACACCCUGGAGGGGGAAGUGAUACACUGGCUGGCCUGUGCCCUCUAUGCAGCCUGCCGGAAGGGCAGCACACCUACAGUGGGCAAGGGAGUGAUGGAGGGCAAUUGUGUAUCCCUCACUAGAAUCCUGAGGUGUUCCAAAUUGAGUUUAAUACAGUUCUUCUGCAAGAUGAAGAAAUGGUCCGACAUGUCCAAUUUGUCUCAAGAUUUCCGCGAGAGAAUUGGGCGUUUGGAAAGAAAUUUUGAAGUGACCACAGUGAUCUUCAGGAAGUUUGAACCCAUUUUCAUGAGCAUGUUUCAAAAUCCCCAAGGAGAACGUCCACGUCAGCCUAGGAGCCGGAAACACAAACGUCUACCCUGUCAUAUAAGUGAUGUCUUCAAAUUUUGCUGGACACUCUUUGUGUACACAAAAGGAAACUUCCGUAUGAUUGGAGAUGACCUGGUCAAUUCCUACCACCUUCUGCUCUGCUGUCUGGAUUUGGUGUUUGCUAAUGCCUUGCUCUGUGCCAAUAGGAGGGACCUCAUAAAUCCAUCCUUCAAAGACCUGCCUUGCCUGAAGGAUGAGGCCUUCCUGAGUCCUGAUUACACCCCCCCAGAGCAGCCCCCUUGCAUCGUGGAUAAGUUGUGUGAGCUGCAUGAUGGGUUGGUGGUGGAGGCCAAGGGGAUUAAGGAGCACUAUUUCAAGCCCUACAUUAAAAAACUGUUUGAGAGACAGAUUUUAAAAGGAAAUGAAGAAACACUUACAGAACUGCUUGAUACUCCCAACUUCAUAGAUAACAACAAAGCAGUUAAUAGGGAAUAUGAGGAGUAUGUGCUGACAGUGGGCGAUUUUGAUGAACGAGUGUUCCUGGGAGCAGAUGCUGAUGAAGAGAUUGGCACACCUCGCAAGGCAGCUGUGGAGAUUCCAGAGGGGCAGCUUUCUGCCCGCAUGCAAGUCGAGUGCAACCUGCAGCAGCAUGUUGAGAAGGCUCACUCCUUUGCUCCUUCUACCCCUCUAACUGGGAGGCGGUACCUGAAGGAGAAGGAGGUCCUGGUGACUCCAGUGUCCUCUGCCACACAAAGCGUCAGUCGACUGCAGAGUAUGGUGUCGGGGUUGCGCAAUGCCCCCAGUGAGGCGCUUCUUCAGAUCUUCAAGUCUUGCUCACGGGACCCAACGGAGACUGUUUUGGAGCGAGUGAAGUGCAUGGGAGAAACUUUUCGUCAGCAGUACACAAAGCACACAGAGGAGCUGUCAGGAUCUCACAUGGACUUUGCAGAUAAAAGGUUAAAGCUGGCAGAAAUCUUGUACUACAAGAUACUAGAGAACGUGAUGACUCAGGAGAUCCGCAGGCUGCAUGGCAAAGACAUGGCUGUGCUGCUUGAGCAGGACAUUUUUCAUCGCUCCCUGUUGGCCUGUUGUCUGGAGGUUGUCCUUUUUGCCUACAGCUCUCAGCACACGUUUCCCUGGAUCAUUGACAUCUUCAAGCUGCCACCUUUCUACUUCUACAAGGUGAUUGAAGUGUUUAUCCGUUCUGAGGAGGGCCUGUCACGAGACAUGGUGAAGCACCUGAACAGCAUAGAAGAGCAGGUGCUUGAGUGCCGUGCCUGGAGUCAUGACUCGGCCCUGUGGGAGGCGCUAGAGGCUGCGCAUAAUAAAGUCCCCACAGUGGAGGAGGUAAAUUUUCCUGGCAGUUUUGAGACAGGAAAUGGCAACAGUGGCCCUGUACAUUUGCCAUUGGUAGCAGUCUCGCCCAUUGUUCACCCUCGUCUCAGGGAGGUGAGGACAGGACUAGGUGGAAGUGCACGUAAAGAUGUGCCUCCGUCACCCAUAUCACUGCAUGACCGCUACAGUUCCCCUACUGCUGGCAGUGCCAAGAGACGACUGUUUGGGGACGACCUCCCGCCCAAGUCACCUCCCAAGAAGACAACUUUCAGCCACGGUGGAAUUAUAAAGAUCAUCCCCACAUCCCCCAGGUCCUCUGGACACGAGGGUACACCACAGUCCCCUUUACGCACUGUGAUUACUGUGGGAACGUCCAAUGUGUCCUCCACCAAUGGCCCGCAGCUGAGUAUACCUGUACAAGGUGUUAAGAGUGAGAUUGGCGGGAUCACCUUUGUUCAGGUGCAGGGCAGCGAUGCCAGCCCACUCACAGCACAGGUUCUGCUCACUGCCUCUCCAAGCCGGCCAACUCCAAAUGGAUCCACUGCAGCUGACCUGCAGAAUGCCUACAAGCCCCGCCGAACUGGCUCUCUGGCCCUCUUCUUCAGGAAGGUGUACCACUUGGCCAGCGUACGACUGCGUGACCUUUGCCUGAAGCUGGACAUCUCACCUGAACAACGGGCCAAGAUUUGGACCUGCUUUGAACACUCUAUUGUUCACUGCACUGACCUCAUGAAAGACAGGCACCUGGACCAGCUCUUGCUGUGUGCUGUAUAUGUUGUGUCCAAGAUUACAAAAGAGGAGCGCACAUUCCAGGACAUCAUGAAAUGUUACCGCAGUCAGCCUCAGGCAAACAGUCACGUUUACCGAAGUGUCCUCCUUAGGCGUAGAACCAGGGAGCAGGCAUCUGAUGAAAACAGUAUGGAAGAAGCCUCAGGCUGUGAAGGGGUUGCUGAGAAAGAAGCACAAGACAACGCAGAACUGGUGGAGGAUCGAAGUGACCUCAUCCAGUUCUAUAAUUCCAUCUAUGUGCUGAAGAUGAAAAGCUUUGCACUUAAAUACGCUGUUCCGAGCAUAGACCACAGGGCGGAGGCACCACCCCUGUCUCCCUUCCCAUCCAUGAGGGCACAGCCGCUGUCCCCGCGCCGCAUCUCCCAGAGGCACUCCAUUUACGUCUCCCCCCACAAGAAUGGCACCUGCCUCACACCCAGCUCUGCUUUCACAUACAGGUUCAAUGGUAGCCCCUCUAAGGAGCUGACUGACAUUAACAGGAUGAUCAAGCAGGGCGGUGUGAGCCGCAAACGUGCCUUUACUAUGGAGGGCGACUGCUCCGAGUCUCCAUCCAAGCGAGUGUGCCAGGAGAGCGAGGAUGUACUGCUUAAGCGGUUGCAGGAUGUGGUGAGCGAGCGGGCCCAUCACUGACGGCCUGGCUUCUUCAGGUCUGUGCUCAGUGAAAUGGAGCAGGACUUCAUGGGUAUAGCUGCUGCCUGCUUCAGUCAUGUCUCAUGUACAGCAUCUGAAAGAUGCAGUGUCUUACUGUAGGUUUAAUGACACCCAAGUUUCUAGCAGGGCCUUGUUAUUAUCUGUACAGUGCCCUAAUGGAUAUUUAAAAACACUUGUUUUUUCAUUUUUACCCCCAUUAUUUGAUGUCUUUUAAACCUGUACAUUCAUAGUUUUCUACAUGAGUUGUAGAUGAAGAAAAAAGUACUGCUGAUUCAGCAGACCAGAUUUCUCACUGCCAACUCUGUAGCCUAGAGAAUUUCCAACUCUUGCUAUAAAUUGUGUGGAGUUCAAGAACAGUCGAGAAGCUCUGGGCCAUUCAUAGUGUUUUAUAGUCUCCUAGGAGUUAAGUUUCCACAGUACCAUGGGUUUAUGCUGUUUGUAUUGGCGGCAUUUGUUUUCUUGAUGUGUAGUAUCUACACUUAAUUUCUCCAGUUAUCUUCUUUUAAACAAAUAAUUGUGUGGUUGAGCAUUAAGGAG